UAUCAUUUCCUCCGUCCACCAACCCACCCCGACAAAAACAAACGGAAGAACCGAAAGAGAAAAGGCCCAACAACUCAGUCGAUCGUCGCAGCUUCUGAUCGGGCAUUUCCAAAUGGCAGCACUAUCGGGGAAGGUUGUCCAACAUACUCUGGUAGCAAAGUGCUGCCAGCAGAACAGAAAGUUCAGCCCCCAAUACCAACAGGACCAUGUUGACCUUAUUAGGCAUGACCUUCUUUCCCCUUUAGUAGGGAAGUUGGCAUGGAAUGGCAACUCCACCAUGCAACCAUGUGCAUUGUCCAAAUCUAACCGAGGAAAAUUUUAUUGCAAUGCUGCACCAUCUAACACAGCUGUAUCAUCUGGUGAAAAAACUGAUUUUCUUAAGCUUCAGAAUGGCAGCGAUAUACGUGGUGUUGCUGUUGCUGGUGUUGAAGGAGAACCUGUUAACCUCACAGAGCCAGUUACAGAAGCAAUAGCAGCAGCGUUUGCUGCAUGGUUGCUGGAGAAGAAGAAACUUGAUGGCUCUAGAUCAUUGAGGGUAUCCAUCGGUCAUGAUUCAAGAAUUUCUGCAAAGAAGUUGCAGGAUGCUGUUACUCGGGGACUUACUCGUGCAGGCGCUGAUGUCAUCCAAUAUGGAUUAGCUUCAACCCCAGCCAUGUUUAAUAGCACUCUUACAGAAAAUGAAGACUUUUUGUGUCCUGCUGAUGGAUCAAUCAUGAUAACUGCAAGUCAUCUUCCAUACAAUAGGAAUGGGUUUAAAUUUUUUACAAAUGCUGGAGGGCUUGGAAAAUCUGACAUCAAGGACAUCCUGACACAUGCUGCAAAUAUAUAUGAAAAGUUUGCAGAUGAAGAUUUAAAGAAUGCAGAAACAAAAGCACCUGUUUCUGUAAAAAAGGUUGAUUACAUGUCGGUUUAUACUUCUAAUCUUGUAGCAGCAGUUCGCAAAGCUGCUGGUAAUAUAGAAAAGCCGCUGGAGGGGUUCCAUAUAGUUGUUGAUGCAGGGAAUGGAGCUGGUGGAUUUUUCGCUGGAAAAGUUCUUGAGCCUUUAGGUGCUAUUACUUCUGGGAGUCAGUUCUUAGAACCAGAUGGUAUGUUUCCAAAUCACAUUCCUAACCCAGAGGAUAAGACAGCCAUGAAAGCUAUCACUCAGGCUGUCCUAGAUAAUAAGGCUGAUUUGGGCAUCAUCUUUGAUACAGAUGUCGACAGAUCUGCUGCUGUUGAUUCAAGUGGUCGUGAGUUCAAUAGGAAUCGUUUGAUUGCCUUGAUGUCUGCUAUUGUUCUCGAGGAGCAUCCAGGGACAACAAUUGUAACUGAUAGUGUGACUUCAGAUGGCUUGACAGCGUUUAUUGAAAAGAAACUAGGGGGAAAACACCACAGGUUCAAAAGAGGCUACAAGAAUGUCAUUGAUGAAGCCAUUCGAUUGAACUCUGUUGGUGAGGAAUCACAUUUGGCUAUUGAAACGAGCGGACAUGGAGCUCUCAAGGAGAAUCACUGGCUCGAUGAUGGUGCAUACCUCAUGGUUAAGCUACUGAACAAGCUUGCAUUAGCAAAAGCAUCUGGAAAAGGCGGUGGCAGCAAAGUCUUGACCGACUUGGUAGAGGGUCUUGAGGAACCUGUGGUGGCUGUUGAACUGAGGCUAAAAAUUGAUCAGUACCAUCCGGAUCUCAAAGGAGGAUCUUUCCGGGAGUAUGGAGAGGCAAUUCUAAAACAUUUGGAGACUACUAUUGACUCAGACACGAAUCUUCAGAAGGCCCUUGUAAACUAUGAAGGGGUUAGAGCUUCUGGCUAUGGUGGAUGGUUCCUUUUGAGGCUGUCACUUCACGACCCUGUCUUGCCUCUUAAUAUCGAGGCACCAAGCAAUGAAGAAGCAGUGAAACUUGGGCUUGCUGUCUUUAAUGCCGUGAAGGAAUUCACAGCCCUUGAUACCUCUGCAGUUACUAAAUUCAUCCAGGUUUGAGAAGCUCUGGCAGGCUGCAUUCAUCUUUCCCAUAAAUCUGGCUGGCUUCUUCUCUUCUAGGCUGUGGACCUUUGAGGUUUGAAAUUAAGAGGAUAGUCUUGGAAAUGUUCUGUUAGUGGUGUUAGCCUGGAGAAUGUAGCCAAUCAUCUCUCUAUGCGUAACAUUUUGAAUUAUAGAAUGAAAGAGGUGGCUAGACAGUACUACAAUUUUGGUUUGUUUUCCAAACUAUUGAAAAUUUCAUUUUUCAUUCCUCGUUACUUGAACAUUGAGGUAUUUGUAAAGGUGAGAACCAUGUCAAGGGUGUGCAUUGCUGUUUUCAAAAAAAAAAAAAAAAGGUGUGCAUUGCUCGACAGCAGAGAGCUUUCUGUUGAACCGUACCAUAAUUUCCGUUUAGGUGGUUUUUAGCAUUUCAUUA